UUGUGAACGCAUGCACCACUAGAGAGUAAGUAUUUGUCGUAGUCGGGACGUCACGUGAGUGACAACCUGCUUCAUACUUUCUGCAUGCCGUGGCUCUUCUGCAAUUUGACAAUUUGGCAGAGUGCCAUCCGGCAAGGUCGACAGUUGUAGUUGUUUGCAGGCAGAUUCUCGCGCUUCUGGCACAAGAGGCAUCAAGACAGGUGGCAAGAAGCAACAAUGUGGUAAGGGCUUAUAGAACACAAUUAAUUUAGCACCACAUGACAGACGAUCUUUACUGAGAUAAUCAAAGGAGCUUGAUACUUCUCCCAACAUUCCAACCAUCCAGUUAGUUCAGUUUCGUGUUGUCCUGCUCGACGACCGGUCACAACGAUGAUUGUAAGGUCAGACGGUUUCAGUGAUGAAACAACUGUGGUAACAGCUGGUAGAAUUGUCGAGGCAGUGGUCAUCUUACUUAUAUGUGUGUUGGUGAUUGGGACCAACGUACUGGCUCUGGCCACCAUAUUGACCUCAUCUGUGCAGAAGGAAGCUAUGGACUACUAUAUUCUGUCCCUGGUCACUGCUGACCUUCUCUGCGGAGUGCUAAUCCUUCCCUUGUCUGUAUACCCGGCUAUCACGAGAGAGUGGAUAUACGGAGAUCUUUUGUGCAGGAUAACUGGCUUCGUAGAAUUGACAUUAUGGAGUGUUACCAUGUACACUUUCAUGUGGAUUGCUGUGGAUCGGUACCUGGCUAUUCGCAAACCACUUCGCUACGACACCAUUCAGACAAGGACACGAUGCCAAUGUUGGAUGGUGUUUACUUGGCUAACAUCCAUCUUUCUGUGCUGUCCACCGCUUCUGGGAUUUUCCAAAGGCCUCUUCUAUCGUGAUGGAUUUGUGUGUCUUCUUGGGCUCGGUAACAUGCUGCCAUACAGCACCACUCUAGGAGUUUUGGUGUUGGUGCCCAGUAUCGCAACCGUUGUUUACUCUUACUUCUAUAUCUUUUCUACCAUGCACAAACUACGACAGAGCAUGACUGAAGAGGAGAAAGAGUACGCCACCGCCAUGAGCGAGAACCUUUCAAACCCAGACCACAUGAUGGCCUUCGUGCUGAUUUUGGUUUUUGCAGUUUCUUGGAUUCCUUGGUUUUUACUCCGAAUUUAUGAACAAGUGGCAGAAGAGCCCGUGACUUCCCACUAUUUACACUUUUGUCUUUUGUGGCUAGGCGUCUUGAACAGCAUCUGGAAGCCUAUCAUCUACGCCUUGAUGAGCCCUAAGUUUAGGUACAGCCUGAAGUUACUGUGUGCCUCUCUCUGCUGCCGCUGGAAAGCUCGACCACAGCUCAUAAUCUAGUCGGUCCCCUUGGUCACGAAAAAAAUUAUCCGGCCUCCCUGCCCUCUAGAUGAAAGAUCCUCGACAGACCAACAGGCCUCUUCUUUUCCAUGCAAGUUUUACUUAGCAAGUUAGCAAGAUAAUAAAGUAUGUUUUCUGUCACAAAUGGUUAAAUAUAUGUUACUUUGUAAAACACAGUUUCAGAUAUUUUAGAUAUAUAUUUUUGCAAAUGAAAAACAUUAUCUAGUAACUGUAAUAGCUAAAGUUUUCUACAUUAUGAAGAUGAGAAAUAACACCUGCACUGAAAUUUGAAGCCAGUAUUUCUAAUAUAGUCAGCUGAUGAAUGAACAGUUGAAAUGCCAAAUGCAUUUGAAAUCUCACUUGCACCAGUGAAAAACUUUUUUUUUUAGUUACAUCCUUGCCAUGCCUUUGCAGGUCACACAGAGACAGUGCCUUCGAACUCUGGUUGCAACAGGCACCCAUCAUUACAGCUGGGCAGGCUAAAACAACUGGGGUAAGGUGCGUGCUCAAGGACACGAUAACAUAACCUGGGCAAGCCUCAAACUCACAAUAAUUCAAUUACAAAUCCAAAAUGUGAAGCCACUGAGCCAUGAUGCCCCAAAAAACUUGGUAAUCCACAUAAUUAGCUUUAGUGUUUCAAAAGGUGCACAAAAAACUGUGAACUCUCUGUACAAGUUAAAUGAAUUGGUAAGAUUUAUGCUUGGCAAAAUUCUUAGAAAAAUAAUGAAGUUGACAUAUAAUUAACUUACUGAUAGGAAACUAGUCGUGAUGAUGAAUGGCUUAGUUUAGUUUAUCAUGAAUUUCGUGCAAAGCUACAAGAGGGCUAUCUGU